AUGACUCAUGGGUAUGGGUCAGGACAGUAUGAACUUCGAGGGUUCAAUGCAGCUAGAGAGCUGCUGCACCUACGCUUCUCUGGCUGCAGGAGAUGGGGUCUCGAUAAAAGGAAAGGGAUGAGUUCAUUCUCUGGAAUGGUCUCGGAGAUGGCUUCUCUUCCCUCGGAUGGAGCAUCUGACCUUCCGUUGGAGAUGCAAUAUAUGGGGUUCCAUGGAUCCAUUAGUUGGUUCCGGUUCCUCGCUAGGGGAGAGAGCAGCCUUUCAGGAGGAACCUGUGACACCUGCACGGAUGCCUGGCUGGAACGAUUUGACAACGAAUUCAAUCUUGUCUUGGAUGCCCACCCUACAGGAUAA